AUGGCGGCGCCGGGGAAGGGAGCGGCGGCGCGUUUUGCGGCCGCGCUCUUUGUCCUCCUGAAUCUCGCUGUGGCGAUCGCCGGGAAGAGCUACUACGACGUGCUGCAAGUUCCCAAGGGCGCGUCCGAGGAUCAGAUUAAGAGGUCGUACCGCAAGCUCGCGCUCAAGUACCACCCCGACAAGAACCCCGACAACGAGGAGGCCAACAAGCGCUUCGCCGAGAUCAACAACGCGUAUGAGGUGCUGACGGACCAGGAGAAGAGGAAGGUCUAUGACCGGUACGGCGAGGAGGGGUUGAAGCAGUUCCAAGGCGGGAGAGGCGGUGGCGGCGGAAUGAACAUUCAGGACAUCUUUAGCAGCUUUUUUGGUGGUGGUGGUGGUGGGAUGGAAGAGGAAGAAGAACAAAUUUUAAAAGGUGACGAGGUGAUCGUUGAACUGGAUGCUUCAUUAGAGGACUUGUACAUGGGCGGUUCAUUAAAGGUUUGGAGAGAGAAAAAUGUCAUAAAGCCAGCACCAGGAAAGAGGCGCUGCAACUGUAGGAACGAAGUUUACCAUCGACAAAUAGGUCCUGGAAUGUAUCAACAGAUGACUGAGCAGGUCUGCGACCAAUGUCCAAAUGUGAAAUUUGUACGAGAAGGUGAAUUCUUGACUGUUGAUAUUGAGAAGGGAAUGAAAGAUGGACAGGAGGUCUUGUUUUUCGAGGAAGGCGAGCCUAAGAUUGAUGGCGAACCUGGCGAUUUGAAGUUCAGGAUCCGAACAGCACCACACAGUCGCUUUAGACGAGAAGGCAAUGACCUGCAUGCAACAGUUACAAUAUCCCUGGUGCAAGCUCUGGUUGGUUUCGAGAAGACCAUCAAGCAUCUUGACAACCAUCUGGUAGAAAUUGGCACCAAGGGCAUCACCAAACCGAAGGAGAUCAGGAAGUUCAAAGGUGAAGGCAUGCCACUAUACCAAAGCAACAAGAAAGGUGACCUGUAUGUGACAUUCGAGGUGUUGUUCCCGAAAACCCUAACCGAUGACCAGAAGGCCAAGCUUAAGGAUGUUCUCGUGUAG